CCUCGGCCCUUUACACACCUGGCGAAGGUACUGCUCCUUCCCUUGGACGUGUUCUUACAUAUGUCUGAACCAAUCUAUGGCUGGGUGUCAUCAGAGGAAGGUCAAGACACCCUGGCAGCUGGUGACCUCAGCAAUAGUGACAUCUGUGCUCGAUACCUCCAUCAAAUCAAUCGCGAAGAAUAUUAUAAAAGCGAAAGGUUUGCUGUCGGAUACAGCAAAUUACAAACCAUGUGGUCGAAGCGGGAUAAAGACAACGAAAACAUAUCCGCCUUUUCUACUUCCUCCGGAUUGGACGCAUUCCUCUACGGUAGUAGAACAAGAUUUGACGCUUCUGAGAGGAAACGGACAAUGGUUCUUCCCAUUUCCACAUCCUCUGCUUCGUGUACACAGCUGGAGGUGCCACCCUUAAGUCACUCUCCAAGAAGGUGGUCCUCGUCCGUUGGUGCUUCUCCACUAGGAACGCCAUCGCCCUUAUUGUCAGAGGCUCCAUCUCCCAUUCGCUCGCCUCCUAACGGGACCCGAACUUCGUCCCCGUUGCCAAGUGGAGGUCAGAAACAUCAACUGACAACAUUCGAGCAAACUAGAUGUAAAUUGCCUCUGGAACGUUACGAAAGUGAUGAGAAUCUAGAUAAGGACUACGAGGAACCACAAAAAGCAGGGAAGUCGAGGCCAGGCCUUUUGGAUGCCUUUCGUCGUAUCAUUGGUCAAUUCAGAGGAAGAAAGGCAGAGCCAAGCCCCAGGUUCAGCACAGACAGUCAGAUUGCAGAACUAGAAACAGAGCUGGAAUCUUACAGACAGCUAAGCGAAUCGAAGAGAAGAGCUGCUGACCUUCUGAAACAUCAGCUGAUGGAGGUCUUAUACGAAAAAGUGGUUAGUGAAGUCGAGGAAAGGCACAAGCGGCGCCAUCUUGAGGAGGAAAUGAUGGGUUUGGAGUUCGAACUUCACAUCCUGAGGUCCAGCACAGAAGAAAGUAUCCGGAAACUUACCCAACAGCUGCAAAGGGUUAUUACAGAGAAAAGGACGCUGCAACGGCAGGUGAACUACCGAAACCUAGAUGACCGUGUACCUGAUUAUUCUCACCUUGUCUGUCAUCGACAGAUAAAAAUGUGUGAAAACGAUGGGGCUCCAAGAAGAGCUUCUCAUUAAAAUCAUUAGGUUGGCUUUAUACCAGCACGGGCCAUGGCACAGAGGAGUUCCGUAAGAGUACUAAUGGAUUAUAGGAUCUGCUGGUGUAGUCUGCAGUUUCAAGACAAGAGCAUCAUCAGACUCAGUCACCUUGCUCGCUAUCCUGUACUACAGACAAUGUAAUGCAUCCAGUACGGAACAGGUUUCCAAGUUCCUACAUCCUAGUUAUAAACAUGUUCAAGUUGCAAUGGUUCCUUUAAAGAGAAAGUCCCGUAUGCAUGGUACUACCGGACAUUUAUUUUCAGAUAUGAUUAUCAAUAGUUUGUUAUCUUCAUUAUGAUAUAUUCUUUUAGUACUAUUUCCAACAGUUUUUGGAUAAACUAAACCCUCUUGAUAUUUUUUAAGAAUUAGAAUAGACUAGUUUCGAAAUUAUAAUCGUGGUCAAAUCAUGUGAAGUUAAAAAGACCGAUUUUCUUGUUGAUAUAAUUUUUGUUUUCGUUCUUCAAAACAUUCGGUAGUUUCUUCUAAGAACUGAAAGUGUAAAUAUGACUAGAUCAGUUCUCACUGCCUCUUGUAACUGUAUUGACAUAGCUGGUUCUAUGUGACAGCACUGCUAACAUUUUGCUACGGAUUAGAAAAGCACCAGUGUCGUUUUAUCUUUAACAAAUCCAAAAUGCACAAACUCAUGUCAUGUAUGCUGCAUAUAUGUGUGUGUGUGCG